CCGAGUCAUGUGAUCUGCUCUCCGCUGUCAUUUCUCUGUCAGUAGCAGUUAGCCAGGCGCAGUGAGCCACUUUACCUUGCAUUCACCUGAAAAAAUGGCAACACUGGUGGGAAACAGGGCGGUGGACAACGGCCUGGCUGCGGCGGCGAGGACCCACACUCAGGCGGUGACCAGAAACUACAUCUCCCAACCGAGACUCACGUAUUCCACCGUGUCUGGUGUCAACGGACCGCUCGUGAUUCUGGAUAAUGUGAAGUUUCCAAGAUAUGCUGAGAUCGUCCACCUGACACUUCCUGAUGGAACCAAGAGAAGCGGCCAGGUCCUGGAGGUGAUAGGCAGCAAAGCUGUGGUCCAGGUGUUUGAGGGUACGUCAGGCAUUGAUGCCAAGAAGACUGCCUGCGAGUUCACGGGUGAUAUCCUGAGGACUCCUGUGUCGGAGGACAUGCUGGGCCGAGUAUUCAACGGAUCCGGGAAACCCAUUGACCGUGGACCCAGUGUUCUGGCGGAGGACUACCUGGACAUCAUGGGUCAGCCCAUCAACCCUCAGUGCCGUAUCUACCCUGAGGAGAUGAUCCAGACCGGCAUCUCUGCCAUUGACGGCAUGAACAGCAUCGCCCGAGGACAGAAGAUCCCCAUCUUCUCUGCUGCUGGGUUACCGCACAAUGAGAUUGCAGCCCAGAUCUGUCGGCAGGCCGGCCUGGUGCAGAAGUCCAAGGACGUGAUGGACUACAGCGCAGACAACUUCGCCAUCGUCUUCGCAGCCAUGGGGGUCAACAUGGAGACGGCUCGUUUCUUCAAGUCUGAUUUCGAGGAGAACGGUUCCAUGGACAACGUCUGUCUCUUCUUGAACCUGGCCAAUGACCCCACCAUUGAACGCAUCAUCACCCCUCGCCUGGCCCUGACCACCGCAGAGUACCUGGCUUACCAGUGUGAGAAGCACGUGCUGGUCAUCCUGACUGACAUGAGCUCCUACGCCGAGGCUCUGAGAGAGGUGUCUGCUGCCAGAGAGGAGGUGCCCGGCCGCCGAGGCUUCCCCGGCUACAUGUACACCGACUUGGCCACCAUCUACGAGCGCGCCGGCCGAGUGGAAGGCAGGAACGGCUCCAUCACCCAGAUCCCCAUCCUCACCAUGCCCAACGACGAUAUCACCCAUCCAAUCCCUGAUCUGACGGGCUACAUCACGGAGGGACAGGUCUACGUGGACCGGCAGCUGCACAACAGACAGAUCUACCCCCCCAUCAACGUGCUGCCCUCCCUGUCCCGUCUCAUGAAGUCUGCCAUCGGCGAGGGGAUGACCAGGAAGGACCACGCUGAUGUCUCCAACCAGCUGUACGCCUGCUACGCCAUCGGCAAAGACGUCCAGGCCAUGAAGGCCGUCGUGGGAGAAGAAGCUCUGACCUCCGAUGAUCUCCUCUACCUCGAGUUCCUGCAGAAGUUUGAGAAGAACUUCAUUGCCCAAGGUCCGUACGACAACAGGACCGUGUACGAGACCCUGGACAUCGGCUGGCAGCUGCUCCGAAUCUUCCCCAAGGAGAUGCUGAAGAGGAUUCCUCAGAGCACCCUGGCAGAGUUCUACCCCCGCGAGUCUGCCGCCCGCCACUGAGGCGCCGCUGGUCAUCUCCUGACUCCCCACCCCCCCUCCUCGUAGAUGUACUGUAGCGUAUCUGUGUCCUGUUGUGUGAAUAAAUCUGUGCUUGUAAACCGUUUCUUGAUCAUGAAGAAGUGAACAUAUCCACGAGGCCGUGUCUUAUUGCUGGACCCCCUUUGCCCCCCUAAAUUAUUGCAGAGUUAGCUUCAGAACCCCCUACAGCUGGUGGGCUUCAGUCUGGAUCACGUGAUGGAGCUGACCUUCAGAACCGCCCCGGUGAUGUUUACAUUAUUUUGUGUUUUGUUGUUUGAUUUGUGCUGCAAAUAUAUAAAGAGUAAACCACGACACAUUCCUCAGCGGACGGAGCGAAAUCUUUGUUGUGCAACUUCAUGGUUUUGUGACUUCUGUCUCCAAAAUAUUAAAUUAUAUGAGAAUCUAACGAGUGUC